ACGAUGACGAAUUGUCCUCACGCAGUCACCGUCUUAUUUCAUUUCCACCCUUUACCUUUUGACCUUGAGUUGAGUAGGUCAACAAACUAAAGACCGCCAUGUUCAAGCAACGUCACGCAUGUACCUCUCUGUGCUAUUUUUGUGAAUCUUACAGCAUCAAAAGUCCUCUUCGCAUGCCAAGAUGUCAGUUUGAAACUAAAAUUUAAGUGGCCGUCCGCCAUGCCUGCGGCGAUGCUGCAGUUCCUGUCCAGACCGACAGAGGUCCUCGUCUGACCGGGCAUGGAAAGAGGCUUCGUGUGCAGAGUUGCGGGGCUUUUGCGGGGAGGGGAGGACAGCGAAGGUAGGCCUGCGUUGAACGUUGUUACAGGAGUUAUAAAAGGAACCUACAAAAGGGAGGCUAACGAAGAGGAACCAAACACAAGACUUGCUAGAACAAAAGCAACAAAACACCUUAAGAAAACUAUAAGUCAAAGACCCUAUCAGUCAGAAGACACCACAAAAGAGCUCACCCAAAAACCGAACACAAACCACGAAGAAGACAAUUGCCAUUUAGAAUCUACCUUGGAGGCUAUCAAAGACCACUUGCAACCCCGAUUGGACAAUGGUGAUUCAAACCCCUUAGAAUCCGUAAAGAAUACAUCAACCUGUCGCCAGAGCAAAGACCAAGAGUUUAAAUCUAUGCAAUGUAAGGUUCAUGAGAACAUUGUUACGUGUUACGGUAGAGGAAAUCAGACAGAAAGACGGGGUUUUCGAGUUCCCGAAACAUUGGAAGUUGCACGUGUGACCAAGGCUGACUUUUCGCCGGAUCCCAACAGAGUGAUAUCAAUCGUUUCAGUGCCUGUAGAUACCGAGAAACCAAAAAAUCAAGAUACCCAUUCUUCCUCCAGUCAUUCCGAUCAACAAGCAGAUCAAAACAACAUGAACCACGUGCACGAAACAAUGGCAGACUAUUAUAGACCGAACCAAAAUGAUACCAUCCAGAAUAAUGGAAUGCACCAUCCAGAUCUGCAGAACAAUCCAAAUGCUGUGUCAGGGAAUUUCAACCCUCAACCAGUUAAGAGAGAGCCUGGCCGGUACACCCCCGCUUGCCGCUUUACUGGUCAGGUGGGCCAAGAUAUCCCUAGAAUCGCACCUUACUCUUCUCCGGAAAUACACAACGAACUAGUGGUGGUGACGCCCCCCACCUCGCAUAUCCACAUCGAACAAAAUGGUGUCGGCGGUCACGAAAAUACCCAAGGACUUGUCCAACACUAUAGCCCACAUCAUUUGAUAUCGGCAGAGCAUCGUAGUCCACCAAAUCACCUAUCAAAACAACUGCCAUGUCCAAAUAGUUACACACCAUGGGAGUCACUUUAUACAGAGAACGUUCAUCAAACUCCACGUCACUUUGGGUUGAAGCAGCCGAGAUCGCCUGUACCUCAUCGUUUGGAAGGUGUUUUUCCAAGCACCAGCAGGCGUUAUUCAACCAACCUAGCCCGACGUAGCAGUCUGAUUAGCUCUGGGCUAGGUUCGUCCUCUCUGUCAGACAUGUCGCGCAUGGGAUCUAGCAGCUCCAUAGCAAGUUACGCAUCGGAAGACUCUGCUUUUUACUCCCCUACCAUUCGUGGCUCUGAGGGAUUUGACUUUCCCACAGCUAAUGUCGCCAUGCGACAAGAUACGGCAUGGCACGUAACAGCAAACGGUACUUGUGGCAGUGAGAGAGUUGCGGGUGGAGAGAUGGUAGACCAGCAUGGACGAUACCCCUCUUGGAAUGCUUGGACAGCAAAAGGCCGUACACAAGGCACUAGCAUUGUACCACUGUACUACAACAGGAACGGUCACUAUUGCCAUUACCACAACGGCUUGGCUGCAUUGCAAAUUAACACAACUCAUAGCGCAGUUGUUCCGAACCCCCUUAACCACUUUCAGCAACAACGUCCUGUUGCUAGUAACCAGGAAGUGCCUUUCGUUCACGGCUAUGGACACUCACAGGAGCGUCCCACGACUGCUUAUGGAGAUCACACCGGCACCACUAUCACCCAAGCAUCGUCUACACUCACGGGGCUUGCCGAGCGGGUAAAUGCAUUCACACCGACGGAGGCGGAGGCUAAUCAACCGCCAGUUGUCCAGCAGCUACCGGUGAUCUCGGAGGUCUUCACGUGCAACUUCGGUGGGUCGGCAGUGAUGGAGAGUGAACAGCAGCCGAACAUAGUGUCUCCUUAUAUCGUUCACUUCGACGGUGCUGGCAACGCUAAGGGUACAGAAGCAUCCACCGCUGGAAACAAGGAAACAGGCGUGAACGCUUCCAUGCCAUUCAAACCACCCCCAUCGUACCAAGAGGCGUUGAAUAAUAUAAUUCGCCAAAGUACCAUUUCCGGUGGAGACCAGAUUGGUCCAAAAGACGUUAUACCGUCCACACAAUCGCCCCUUCAGGUGCAAACUCCACAGGAUGCACAAAAUACCCGGCACCAGCUGUAUUCAUCAUCUUCAGACACAGGAGCAACGCAAAAUAAAAAGUUGACAUACGUCCAAAGGCAAAGGCGGAAGCCUGGCAUCAACCUUCAAAAAAGUCGGAGGAGAUCGAAGGAGAUGAAUUCAUUACAGAAAAGAACAAGAAAUAAAUCAAAAGCGCCAGAGACACAGCUGGAAGAAGGGCAAGUAGAACCUGCGAAUACAGCGGAUAGCACGCCAAAAGAAGCCCCAAAUCAGGUUCAUUUUACGCAAGAUGUAGGAUCGGAAGCGUCGCAAACACAGCAACCAAAACAGCUGCAAGAACCUCCUAUCACACCUGAUGACACAUCAGAACAAACGCAAGACAUCGGGUGUCAGCUGCAGUCAACACAACAAGCAGCACCAGAAGCACUAAAGGCACAGGAAACACAGCAACCAAAUAAAACACAGGUACAUGUCGCUGAUAGCACAUCAGAACAGGUGCAAACGGCCAUGUGUCAGUCAGAAUCAACACAAGCUACACCAGAAGUGCCACAAGCACAACAACGAAUAGAGCCGCAAGGACUUGUCAACAUACCACACUCAACAGUACAACAAGUAGCAACAGAAUUAUCACAGACACAGCAACCAAAUCAGCCCAAAGUAUACCUCACCGUACCUGAUAGUAUAGCAGAGCGAGCGCAACAGUUCUGGCAGCGUUCAACACGGCAACAAGUAGCACUAGAAGCACCACAAAAACAGCAACAAAAGCAGCUAAAAGAACCUCCUGUCAUACCAGACACUACACCAAACCAAGUCCCUAACAACAGUUGUCAGCUGCACUCUACACAGCAAGUAACACCAGAAACAUUACAAACACAGCAACCAAAACAGGCGCAAGAUUUUACUACCAUUCCUGACAGCACAUCAGAACAAGCGCAAAGUGUCUUGAGCCAAGUGUACACAAAACAACAAGUAGCACCAGAAAUACCGCAGACGCAACAACCAAAAGAGCCGCAAGCACUUAUUAUACCUCAGAGCACACCAAAACAAACCCAAAAUAUUUGGUGUCAACUGCAUUCAACACAACUGGCAGCAUCGCAAACACGACAACCAAAACAGCCCCAAGUGCAUGUCUUUAUACCUGAUAGCGUACCAAAGGAAGUCCAGCAUAUUUGGUGCCGUCCGCAUUCAGAACAAACAGAAGCAUCAUUGACAAGGCAACCAAACCAACAACAUACCAUCGCAUCUGAUAGCAUACCGAAGCAAGCCUCAAAUGCCUUGUAUCAACUGCCUCUAACACAACAAGUAGUAGAGUCAUCAGCACCACCGAGGCCUCAGCCACAAGAGCCUCCUGUCACCAUGCCUAGCGCCAUGCAGGAUGAAAAUGUGCAGCUAUUGCAACAAAACCAAAAGACGCUACAGGAGCUAAAGAAAGCAGUGGCUUCUUUGGAGGCAACAAUUCAACAACUACAAGGCCAGCAACAGAAUCCCGCACAGCAAGAAUUGUGCUGCUCGACAACACAGCAGGAGCCACAAGCUCCAAGUCCGGCCGCGCAGUCUGCAAGGGAACCGUCCACACAGAGGUCGUUGCCACUUGCAGUUGAAGACAUUCAGACAAGACUCGAGGAGCUGACACGGUCCAUGACUGGAAUCCAGUCAAACAUAACCAGCAAAUCCCAGGUGCAAAUGACUCAUAACGAUCCAAGCUGUCACAAAAGUCCAGCCCCACCGACUUCUUGUGAAAAACAAGUAGAUUUCGCCAACUUGGUUGAACCGUGCAUGAGAACAAGUUCACCAAAACCUGCAACAACUACCUUACACUAUCCUGCACAAAAUGCAUCAAAUCCGAUUCACAAAAGAACUGCUUCCGAGCAGACAGCAACAAAAGAGAUUCAUUGUUCCACAGCUGGUUCAGGACAAGAAAAUCGGUCAAGACAGCAAAGUACUAUUAACAGCGGUUUUUCUAACAGCAAUACCAGUCGCGAAGUUCCUUAUCCCAUUCCAUCAAUUCUGCCUUGUACAGAAUACGGCGAACAUGUUCGUAUUCAAGAUGCUGGCCAAGCGAUUGUUGAAGACACCCUCUCUGGGAGACCCGCUGAAAACAACCGCGAAGGAGGAGACGGAUCUAACGAUGUGUGGAGAAGUCACAAAGACCAGAUAGUUCCAAAUUUGGUGAUUUGCCAUUCAUUGCGCUCGACGCCGGAGAUUGAAGAUCAGCGAUCACAGAGGAAAGACGCAGCAUGUUCAAAGAGUCAAGAAGAAGGAGAAGAACAAAAUAACAAUAUUGUCAAUAAGGAAUCGGAGCAACAGCAGCCAUGUAGUUUCAAAGCCAUCAUCAAGAUGUAG